UUCGACCGUCUGCAGCUUGGACUCACCGUAGAUGCUUCCUUCAUCGAAGCUGUCACAUUUGCAAAGGAGAAAGAUCUAGGGAUGGCGGCGCCGGUGCCGUCGGCGAGUGCCACGGCCGGGAAGAAAGCACCAGGGUCCACAAAGGUGGGUGGAGAAGAGGAGGACGAUCCCGAGUUCAGCAUGAGAGCAAGCGGCAGCAACAGCCACAACAGCAGCAGCGGCAGCCGGCAAGCGGAGGGAAAGGCUGGAGCGGGAAAGAACAGCAAGGCGAAGAUCGGGAGUAAGGUCGGGGUGAAGCGACCAACCGAGAGGCAGCCAGCGGAGAGCAAGGGGCACAAGGCGGGGGGUGCACCAGGGAAGCAGCGCAAGGCGGUUGAUGUGCCGGGGAAGCGCAAGGCGGGGGGUGCACCAGGGAAGCAGCUCAAGUUGGGUGGUGCGCCGGGGAAGCGCAAGGCAGGGGGGUCACCAGGGGAGGGGAGAGGUGCCGAAAAUAAAGGCAAGAGUACGCCGACGGGUAGGAGGAAAUCGUUGAACAACAACGGCCAAGUAGACGAAUCCACCUAUAACUCCGACGGCAGCAUCGGGGGCGGGGACCACGAGCAACCCCAGGACUCCUUCGCUACCAUGUCGCAGAACGAGAAGAAGGUGGUGGCCGCCAUGAAGAAGAUCCCGGAGCUGGACUACAGGCGGGCGUACUUGCUGAGCAACAAGAGGAGGGCGCGGGGUCUGAAGGUGUAGUGACACCGUUGCCUCGUACGACUGUAUUUCUAUUUUUCGGAUGAUUGAACACAACACGGCAGGGGAUAAAUUGACACACCUGCCGCUCUGUUUCAGCUGUUUGUCGAUGACGUGCUCAACCCAGCUCAAGGCCAUACGCGACAGGGAGAAGGAGAGGCUCAAGAAAGCGGCAGAAAAAGAAAAUAAAAAACAGCAUCGGCCGCGGUAGGAGGUGGAGAAGGAGGAGCGACAAGAGAAAGAGGAGCUAGAGAAGCAGCAGCAGCAGGAGCAGG